AUGGCAGUCACCAACGCUGGCAACUUUGGCCUCGGCGCCAUCGUCAGCUACGUCUACCAAUGGAUCCAGAUCCUCAUCGCAUACGCCUUUGCACCCAAGCUCCCCGCACAGCAGGUCAAGCAAAGGCCUCUCGGUCAUGUCGCCGUCAUCGGUGCCGGCAUCACGGGUAUCUCGACCGCCUCCCACCUCAUCGGUCAUGGCUUCGAGGUCACCAUCUUUGACCAGGCCGAGGAGAUCGGUGGCAUCUGGUCCCGCGUCAACUCCACCUCGGGUCUCCAGAUCAGCUCCAUCAUGUACCGCUUCCACCCGGCCGUCAAGUGGACCCAGGGCUAUCCGCAUCGCGACGAGAUCCUCAAGAACACCCAAAAGAUCUGGAAGAUGUACGACCUCGACAAGCGCACCCGCCUCGGGUUCAAGGUGGACAAGGUCACCCGCCAUUCGUCCUCGACGGAUCCUCAGGAGGGUGGACACGCUCGCUGGGUGAUCAACGGCAACGAAGACGAGGUGUUCGACGGCAUCGUCGUCAGCACAGGCACCUGCGGUAAGCCCAAGAAGAUGGAUCUUCCGGGCGAGGAGAAAUUCAAGGGCAAGAUUGUUCACUCGUCGCAACUCGAUGGGCUCGACUGCAAGGGCAAGAAGGUGCUCAUCGUCGGUGGCGGUGCCAGCGGUAUCGAGGCGCUUGAAUUGGCGGUUCAGCAGGGAGCCGAUACGCCGACCAUCUUGGCUCGCAGCGACAAGUGGAUCAUACCUCGCAACACGAUCGUCAACUGCGCCCUGGCACUGCAACCUUUAGGACGAGAGACGUGGUUGUCCUUCAUUCCCGAGUUCUUGCUCAAGAAGCUGCACUACCGUGGCCUCGAGGACAAGAUGGCGCCCAGCCAAGGCUUCUACACCGAGACACCGAUCGUCAACACUUCUGCGCUUCGACACAUCCGCAAGGGUGAGGCCGACUACCAGCGCGGCGACGUAAUCGAUCUCGACGAGGAUGGAAUCCAAUUCAACCUUCGCAAACGAGGCCAAAAGAAAGGCGACGAUGGCAAAAAAAUCCACUACAACGCCGACAUCAUUGUCGUCGCGACGGGCUUCGAGGUGCCAUCGAUCGACUUUCUGCCGCAGGACCUGUUCCCCGAACAGGGCGGCUUUCAUUACGUGCGACCCAACAUGUACCUGCAGGUGUUUCCUAUCGAGGACUGUUCGGUGCUGUGCACCAACGCGACCUUCCGCAACGCCGUCGGCACCGUCGGCCACAUUCAUAUUGGCAUCAUGGCGCGCACGCUCAUGCUCUUCCUCAUGGACAAGUCGACGCGCCCCAAACCGCGCGACAUGCGGCUGUGGGUCGACCUGAUCCGCUUCAUCAAGGACCGCGCGCCCGGUGGUCAGCUCGACUUCUUUACCUACAUGGAGCUGUGCAUCUGGCUCGUCUCGUUCCUGUUUUUCCGCGUCAACCGGCUGUACUACUUCUUCUUCGUUACGUUCGGAUGGGGGUUCUGGAGCCGAGAGGGCAAGACGGAUAAGUCAGGCAGACUCGUCGGCGAGCCCAAGUUCCAUCUCAGUAUCAGUAAGCUGAUCGGCAAAGGGCCGAGCGCACAAUUCCUCAAGAACAAUUGA